GGCAGCGACGGCGAGGAGGGCGGCGGCGGCGGCGGCGCGGCGCCGGGGCCCGCGCGCCGCGACUUCGUGGAGGCGCCGCCGCCCAAGGUGAACCCCUGGACCAAGCACGCGGCGCCGGGCCCCGCCGUGAACGGGCAGCCGCCGCCAGAGCAGUCUGCUCCAGCCAAGGUGGUGAGAGCAGCAGUUCCUAAGCAACGCAAGGGCAGUAAGGUCGGUGACUUUGGAGAUGCCAUCAAUUGGCCCACACCUGGAGAGAUAGCCCACAAGAGUGUGCAGCCACAGUCUCACAAGUCUCAGCCUGCCCGGAAGCUGCCCCCGAAGAGGGACAUGAAAGAGCAGGAGAGAGGAGAGGCGAGCGACAGCAAGGAGAGCCCGAGGGCCAAGUCGGACGAGUCGGGGGAGGAGAGGAUCGGGGACGAGGACUGCCAGAGAGCAGGGCAGAAGAAGCGAGGGAACAAGCACAGGUGGGUCCCGUUGCACAUAGACAUGAAGCCAGAGGCGCCCCGAGAGAAGCCGGCCUCGCGCCCCGCCCGUGGGGAGCUGAAAGGGUCCGAGCCCACCGCCUUCACGCCCGUGCCUGUGGCGCCCCCCACCCCAGCCUGGCCACCAGAGACCAAAGCGGACCCGGCCUGGCCUGACCAGGAUGAGACCGCGAGCGUGAAGAGCGACGGGGCUGGUGGGGCGCGGGCUUCCUUCCGUGGCCGUGGACGGGGGCGUGGUCGCGGCCGGGGUCGCGGCCGGGGUGGCACUCGAACCCAUUUCGACUACCAGUUCACCUACCGGAAGUUUGACGGUGCAGAGGGUCCCCGGGCCCCCAAGUACAUGAACAACAUCACCUACUACUUCGACAACGUCAGCAGCACCGAGCUGUAUAGCGUGGACCAGGAGCUGCUCAAGGAUUAUAUCAAGCGGCAGAUCGAGUACUACUUCAGUGUGGACAACCUGGAGCGUGACUUCUUCCUGCGGAGGAAGAUGGACGCAGCCGGCUUCCUGCCCAUCACCCUCAUCGCCUCCUUCCACCGCGUGCAGGCCCUCACCACUGACAUCUCCCUCAUCUUUGCCGCCCUGAAGGACAGCUCAGUGGUAGAGAUUGUAGACGAGAAGGUACGCCGGCGGGAGGAGCCAGGGAAGUGGCCUCUGCCCGGGCCCCCAAUCGUGGACCACUCGCAGACGGACUUCUCCCAGCUGCUCAACUGCCCUGAGUUCGUGCCCCGCCAGCACUUCCAGAAGGAGACGGAGUCAGCCCCCGGCUCUCCCCGCGCGGUCACCCCAGUGCCAGCCAAAACUGAGGAGGUGAGCAACCUGAAGACACUCCCCAAGGGUCUGUCCGCCAGUCUGCCCGAGCUGGACUCCGAGAACUGGAUUGAGGUGAAGAAACGGCCUCGGCCCUCCCCGGCCCGGCCCAAGAGGUCCGAGGAGCCCAGGUUCCUCCAUCCCACGUCCCUGCCACAGCCGCCGCCCUCCCAGCAGCCACCGGCACGUGACCAGGAUGAGCAGGAGGAGUUGGACUUCCUGUUCGACGAGGAGAUGGAGCAGAUGGACGGGCGGAAGAACACCUUCACUGCCUGGUCUGACGAGGACUCUGACUACGAGAUCGACGACCGCGAUGUCAACAAGAUCCUCAUUGUCACCCAGACGCCGCCCUACAUGCGCCGGCACCCGGGCGGUGACCGCACUGGCAACCACACAUCCAGGGCCAAGAUGAGCGCCGAACUGGCCAAGGUCAUCAACGACGGACUCUUCUACUACGAGCAGGACUUGUGGACUGAGAAGUUCGAGCCGGAGUACUCGCAGAUCAAGCAAGAGGUGGAGAACUUCAAGAAGGUCAACAUGAUCAGCCGCGAGCAGUUCGACACCCUGACCCCCGAGCCCCCUGUGGACCCCAACCAGGAGGUCCCUCCAGGGCCACCCCGCUUCCAGCAAGUCCCCACUGAUGCGCUGGCCAACAAGCUGUUCGGGGCCCCCGAGCCCUCCACCAUUGCCCGCUCACUCCCUACUACUGUCCCCGAGUCGCCAAACUACCGCAACGCCCGCACACCCCGCACGCCCCGCACGCCGCAGCUCAAGGACUCGAGCCAGACACCCCGCUUCUACCCUGUGGUGAAGGAAGGGCGCACGCUGGACGCCAAGAUGCCUCGGAAGAGGAAGACCAGGCACAGCUCCAACCCACCCCUGGAGAGCCACGUGGGCUGGGUGAUGGAUUCGCGCGAACACCGGCCCCGGACGGCCUCUAUCAGCUCCAGCCCCUCCGAGGGGACACCGGCAGUGGGCAGCUAUGGCUGUACCCCUCAGUCGCUGCCCAAGUUCCAGCAUCCGUCCCACGAGCUGCUCAAGGAGAACGGCUUCACCCAGCACGUCUACCACAAGUACCGGAGGCGUUGCCUCAAUGAGCGGAAGCGUCUGGGCAUCGGCCAGUCUCAGGAGAUGAACACCCUGUUCCGCUUCUGGUCCUUCUUUCUUCGUGACCACUUCAACAAGAAGAUGUACGAGGAGUUCAAGCAGCUGGCCCUGGAGGACGCCAGAGAAGGCUACCGGUACGGUCUGGAGUGCCUUUUCCGAUACUACAGUUACGGCCUGGAAAAGAAGUUCCGGCCGGACAUAUUCAAGGAUUUCCAGGAGGAGACCGUGAAGGAUUGCGAAGCUGGCCAGCUCUAUGGGCUGGAGAAGUUCUGGGCCUUCUUAAAGUAUUCCAAAGCCAAAAAUUUGGACAUCGACCCUAAACUUCAAGAAUACCUCGGCAAAUUCCGCCGUCUGGAAGACUUCCGGGUAGAUCCCCCCAUGGGUGAGGAGGGCAACCACAAGCGACACCAGGUGGUGCCAGGAGGUGGCAGCAGUGAGGGCCGGAAGCGGUGUCCCUCGCAAUCCUCCAGCCGGCCUGUCCCCGGGGGCAGCCAGCCGCCCCCACCGCCCGCCAGCCAGCCUGUCCGGGAAGAUGCCAAAUGGACAAGCCAGCACGCGGAGGCUCAGACUUUGGGAAAGUGAAACUCCCCCUUUCAGCCCUGGGGAUGGGAGUGUGGGGGGAGGGAGGAGAGGAGGGGGGCAGGAGUCCGUGGAGCGACCAGUUCCAGGAGCCGGAGCGGAAUGGACAGGCCUGGAGCUAUGGGAGUGGGCGGCCGCGGGGCACCUUGGGGCCCAAGCCCGUGCAGCCCUCUCCACAGCUCCCUCACGAAGCCUCUCCUGGCCUCCUGGGGUGGGCAGGGAGAGUCUUUUAUAUCUAUAUAUAUAUACAUAUAUAUAUAUCAAGUUUUAAAUUAUUGAUCGUCUGUCUGGAUCACCAAAAUCACCCCGUAGCCCUGCCCACGGCUGCCGAGCUGCUCCGCCCACGGCCUUGCCUGCUUUCGGAGCGACUGUGCAGCCCGUCCAGCACUGCCCAGGGCCUGGUACCAGCCCCUGACACUGGGGCUCUGUCUGUCUGCCCUGCCCGCCGCUGGCCGCACCCUCCUACCAUCCUCUGGGGGAAGGAAACCAAAGCAUCUCACCGUGGGGCCGGGAAGGCUCCGCCUCCACCCCCCCCCCCCGCCCCGCCCCGAGAGGCGCUGCUGGAACCAGAAAGACUGUUGAGAGAUUCGUUUCAUUUUACUCUUGAUCUUCCCGAUCCUCGGAAAAAUGGAAAAAAAAAGACAAAAAUCCACCACAAAAGACCAAAAAAAUCAGAAAACCCACCUAAUUCACAGAAAGUGAUGUCUUUCCUCUGCCCGUGGAACCUUUUUGUUUUGUUCUUGGAAAUAAUAUUUUUUUAAAAGUUGCCUUAUUGUGGAGCGGGGAUCGGAACCGCCCAAUGCCGGCGUUUUGCCUCCUGGACGUGCCCGCCCACCCGUGCCCCGCUACAUGGACCGCACCCCUGGCGGCGGCAGUGGGCUGCAGGGCCACCGAGAGACCUGCCGGACCUGCCGCCACCCGCCGUCACCGUCACAUCCUCACCUGCUCUGCUGCCACCUCCCACCAGCCCUGUCCUCUGGACCCUUCUUCCCGCCGCCACCUGGGUUUCAGCCUGGGAGAACCGUCUCCCGUGGCCCGGUCAAGGGCCUUGUCUUCGCUCAGCCGCCCCGAGAGGCCUCUGCCAGCUCAGGAGCUGUGCUCCCUCCCUCUCCCUUGCAGCCCAGCCCGGGGGGAGUCGGGGCCUGCCUGCGAGAGCCCGGCAGGAAGGUAUAUGUGGACAUAGAGUAUACCUCCGCACCUCUCCCCGCUGGCCUCUGCGUCCCCCAGACUCGCUGCCAACCCACACACAGGUUGGCGAGUGCGGAGAUCUUGGUGGGGCCGCUCUUGCCUCACGCCUCCGCCCAGGCUGGGGCAGCAAGCACCACGGACAGGGAGCAGGCGGCCUGGGGGACCUCGUCACAUGGCUGGGCCAGCACUCCUCGCCCUGCCUUCCUCCCCCGUUUCUUUUCUCUUCUCUGUGACACAUUAGGAGUUACUGUUGCAGGAGUAGUUUACAUCUUCACUUUCUGAAGACACUUGAAUUCAGGACCGACCUAUCUGUGACAAGCAUCCGGGUGGGGCCGAGACGGAGGCUCUGCACCCCAGAGGUGGUGGGUGCCCGGGGCUGGCCCGCACAGGGCCCUCGAUCCGGGUCCUAGUGUGCUGCCCUGUGGGUCGUGGGUACAUGGGCUGCCGCCAGCUCAGACCCCCACCCCUCUGUCAGAGUUGUUCUGUUUUGUUUUGUUCCAUUGUAGCCCCCCCCCCCCUUUCCUGAUGAUUGAUUUUGCAAAAGAAAGUAAAGCUGCUCAAGGCCCUGGAAGUGGGGUGGGGCCCAGGAGACUAACUUGGGGUGGGAUUUUGCCAAAAACCUGGGCAGGGAGUGGUGAGUGGGACCCACGUGUCUCCUGGAGGGUCCUAGGCUGGCCUGUCCCUGUGGCCAGCUGCUGAUGGGACAGAGGACAGAGUGCAGCCCACGUGUACGGGAGAAAAGAGGGGGCCGCUCGCUCAUAGAACAUUUACCUUUUCAUGCUUGGAUAUCUUGUUCAAAAGGACAAAAAAAAGAAAUGUAAAAUACUUGAAUGAGCUUGUAUUAUAACAUUAAUAUUAUUGAGGACCUGCUUUCCAGGCUGAAGUGAUUCAUUCAUUAUCCUAGUCCUGCUUUAGUCCUUUGUAAUUUGUGGUAAUUAUGCUUUUCUUUUUAAUACAAAAAAAAUGUAUAAAAAUAAAAACUUGAAAAGGCAA